AUGGCAGCUGCCGCGGCCGCGGUGGCUGCUGCGGCGACGGCAAACCCCAACAUAAUACUGCAGCUGCUGGCCGGCGCUGGCGGCGCGUCCGCCCCGGGCGCGGCGCCGCUCCCCGUCGCCGCCGCCGCCGGUGGCGGCAGCGGCGGCGUUGAUAUGCUGUCGCUCCUGGCGGCGACAACAGGCGACAGCUCGGCCGCGGCCGUGCCUGAGGCAGGGGUGGCGGCUGAGGCGGCAACAGCGCCGGUGCCGGUGGCCGGCGGUUUGGAGGCCUUGCUACAGAUGGUGGGCCAGGGGCAGUUUGCAGAGGCGCUGGGCGGCGCGGCCAGCCACGACAGCAACGGCGGCGCGGGGAUGGCGGUCGACGGGGAGGAGGGGCGGACCGAUGGCGAGCCACCAGCCGCGUUUGGCGCUGAGCACGGCGCCGCGCCCGACGCGGCCCCCGGGGGGCGAGGGGCCGCGGCUCAGCGCGCGCGCGGCGGCGGCAGCGGCGGCCGAGGGCGCGGGCGUGGGAAGCGGCGCCGCGCGGACGCGGACGCCGACGGUAGCACGAGCGGCAGCGGGGAGGACGACGACGAGUGGCGCAGCGACGCGUCCGCUGACGGCGCGUACGACGCCGCCGGCCGCGGCGGCGCCUCCGGCUCGCAUGGCGGCGGCGUGGAGGCGCUCGCCGCAGAUGUGGCUGGGCCCCAUUGCGCGUCCACCUUUGAUGAGGCCGAGGCAGAGGCGCUCCUUGCCUUGGGCCAGCUCUGCCACGACGGCACUGCCGGCCCCUCGGCCGCUGAGGCGGCGGCGAGGGCCGCCCACCUGUCGCGGCGCAGCGCGCCCGUCAUCACGCGGGGGCCGCCUGGCAGCGGCGGCGGCGGCGGCGGCGGCGGCUCGAGCGUGUCGCAGCCAUAUUUGGUGCCCCGCUCGCACCCGCGGCACGUAGUGAUGCCAGGCCGGCAGGUCGUCGCCGCGCCGCUGGGCUCGGUCGUGCCGCCGCCGGCGUCGGCGCAGCGGUCGGGCAACGGGCGCCACCUCACCUACCGGGCGCCCAACGGGCAGCCAAUGCAGAUCCCCUCGAUGACCGACGCGGUGGCCGCGGCGGCGGCCGCCGCGGCCGCAGCCGCUGCCGCAGCUGAGGAUUCCGCGCCGCCCACUACUGCAGAUGAACCUGGUGUUCCCGCCGCGGCACUCGUGGCUGUGCAGGACCCAGCGGCGGCGGCAGCGGCGGCAGACGGUCAGCCAGAGGUGGUGAAGGCCGAGGAUCCGGCGGGCGAGGCCGUUUGCGAAGCAGCCCCGACAGCCGAGGAGGGCGCCGCAGCGGCGCCAGCGCCAGCAGCUCCUGUCUCCGCCGCCGCCGCCGGCGGCGUUGACGGGGCCGCCGCAGCCGCGGCGUCUCCUGUCACCUCUGCGGCAGAGGUCCUGGCGGCGACGGAAGCUGCUGCUGCAGCUUGCAUUACAGCGGGAGGUGGCGCUGUGUGA